AUUUGUCUCUACUACCAUAUACACUCUCUUGCUGCUAUAAAUAGUUAAAAGAGUUCUCUUCAUCUCCAGGAGGGGGAGAGAGAGAGAGAGAGAGAGUAUUGAACCAGUGAAGGAAGGAUCUAAGAUUAUGGAAGCCAGAACCAUCAAUUUGCUCUUGAUGCUUUCUUUUCUCCUCACUGCCUGCCUUGUGGAAAGCCGAUACCUAAGCAAUACAGUUGGUGGCGGGUUUUCAUCAGUUGAGAUUAAAGACAACGAGAAGCCAUUUCAUUGCGUAACGUUUUAUGGAGUAGAAAGUGGAAACACUUGCGAUUCCAUUAUAGAUUAUUACAAGUCGAAUGCUGAAGCCUUUUACCAUUACAACCCAAAUAUCAACUGCGAGGAUCUCUUCAUUGGACAAUGGGUUUGUGUCAAUGGAGGAGAAAACGAGUAAACACAGGCUUGAGGCUUCGCCAUGUUGAAGAAACCCCAUAAAUAUAUGGAGAUGAAUGUACUUGAAUAAGGAGAAAUAAGACAAGCUUUUUUUCACUAAA